AUGAAAUGGACGCUUCGGAUCUUCCACAGCAUGGGGUGGACCGUGGACCCGCACCACUCCGACUACUCGCGCUUCAAGCUGCGCCUCAUGGCUCGCCGCAUCACCCACCCCUUCGCCCCUUUCGCCCACUGCCCCCCUUCCCCACCUCAGCUACGUAUCUUUCACAGCAUGAAGUGGGCGGUGGACCCGCACCACUCCGAGUACUCGCGCUUCAAGCUGCGCCUCAUGGCUCGCCGCAUCACCGGCUCACUGCACCAGGGCGUGCCGUUUGAGGCUGGCGACGGAGCUGCUAGUAACGGGGAUGCAAGUAGCGGGGACGUUCAGUUACGGGCUGGAAUGGGGCAAGAGGGGGAGGUAGGAACAGCAGGAGCAGGAGCAUCAGCAGCAGGGGCAGCAGCAGCAGCAGGGGCAGAAGGAGGAGCAGGGGGAGCAGGAGGAGCGGGAGAAGCAGGGGCAGCGGCGGCAGCAGGGGCAUCAAAGGAAGCAGCAAGGGCUCCAGAGGUGUAUCGCUGCCGAAAGUGCCGGCAGGUGGUGGCAGCUGCAGGCAAUGUGCUCCCUCAUGCCCCUAAACCACCUGCCAGCACCACUGACGCUGCUAGUGCUGCUGCUGGGGGUGGUGACGGUGCUGCUGCUGCUGGGACUGGUGGGGGAGGGGGAGGAGGGGUCAGAUUUCGUGGGAAGGGCAAGGAUUGGGGCUGUGGAGCAGAGCGAGGAUGCACGUCUGUGUUUGUGGAGCCACUCAAAUGGAUGGGCGACGGUGAGCAUGAAUGGAAAGCCGUGAGGCGGGUUAAAUACCGGUGGGUAUAG